AUGGCGCGGUGGUUGUCAUUCUUUGCAGAAUACAACUUUACGGUCGAGUACAAACCAGGACGACUUAGUGUCGUCGCUGAUGCACUCUCACGUCGUCCCGACUUUGAGCCAGUCGUGAAAUCCAAAAGUGAGACAGCCACUGUUGCGGUUAUGACGUCCUCAGUACCAUCUUCAACGUUGCAUGAUGAUGUGAGGCGGGCCUACGCCCAAGAUGCCAUUUCUGGUGACACACCACGUGUUGUCAUUCCAGAUGGAACUGAUCUGCGUUUGCGGAUCAUGUUCGAGUAUCAAGAUGCUCCUAUGGGAGGACAUCGUGGCCGGGAGAAAACGUAUCUCACGGUGAGUCGAGACUUUUACUGGCCCCGCCAGUAUCAGUUUGUGCGAAAGUAUGUUCGCGCAUGCGAAGUCUGUCAACGAGUGAAGUCAAGUCCUUCACUGCGUGCACCUUUACAGCCUCUACCGGUUCCGGCAGAGUGCUGGGAAUCCAUCUCAAUGGAUUUCGUCUUCGGGUUACCCAAAGACGCACGCGGGAAUACGGGUAUUCUCGUAUUUCUUGACAGAUUCAGCAAAAUGGUACACCUUGUGGCUGUACCAGAGACAAUCACGGCAAGUGGCUGUGCUUGUGUCUUUAUUGACACCAUCUUCCGACUUCAUGGGUUGCCCCGUGAACUCGUAUCAGACAGAGAUCCACGCUUCACUGCUGAUUUCUGGCGUUCCGUGCUCAAAUCACUCGGAACGCGCUUGAAGAUGUCGACAUUUGAUAAUCCAGAGUCAGAUGGUCAGACGGAACGUGCCAAUCGUGUCCUCGAAGAGAUACUUGGAGGCUACGUACACUCCUAA